AUGAACCACAACGGAUAUCAAUACGCACCUUCCUCGAAGGAUGACCGAUCCUCGACGCGCUCCUGGGGAACGGCCCCAUCUCCCCACGGCGCCUACCCCCGCGCCUCUCCAGCCGACCCUUCCUACGCGUCGUCGUGGGGCACAGUGCACACCAAGUCGGUCGGAACGCCCGUGUCGUUCUCGGUCGGUUCACCAGUCCCAAGCACGAAUGGACAGUCGUCGUGGGGAUCGCAGAGCACGUAUGUCCCGUCCGUGCACAGUAGUAUCGCGCCUUCGCCCCACGUUGGGCCGGGAACGCCAGCGUCGUCGGCGACGUUGAUCAACAGGCCUCGCCCACAUCCCGGACCAGACGGCCCGUUGUCCAAUGUGAUGAUUUGCCCGUGUGUCGACAUCAAGUCAAACCAGAUGUGGAUGGACUUGAAGUACCCACCUUCACCUACUGGCGCUCAAUACAACUAUCACGCUCAGAUUCAUGAGGCUGCUUUUUAUCCUCCAUUAACUUAUACGAAGAUUUAUUUCAAAGGAUUCCCCAACUGGUCCCUGAGCCUUCACACCCCUCAAGCGCUAACUGUCUAUGCCAUCUUGGAACAAGUGCACUACUAUCUUCAGCAGUGUGACGGGCCUCAAGACGCCCAAUCAGCGCGUGUCGCUUACGGCGCUCAGCCCACAUCAAAUCACUCGUCUCAGUUUAAGACACACGGCGGCGCUGGGCGACGCAUUGAUGCGUUGAACGGCCGUACCAUCGUACAGGGCUUCCAAGCCGCUGGCGGCUAUAACGAGUGGGUCAUCCACCUUGCCCAUGUGCCGCGCCAGUGA